CCAGGUGAUAACGUGUUUGCAUAUUACCUUCGAGCAUUCCACUACAGUUACAAUUUACCACUAUAGAUGCAUUACAUUGUACAUGGUACAGGUGGCCACAAUGCCAUUGCAAUCCCGUAUUUUCUUUUCGUACGUGAGGCUCUGGCCCCGGGUAAUUAUUUACGAAGAGAAUUUUCAUAUGAAAAAUUGCAUGAAACACUCGCUAAUUGAAAUUCCGUCAAAAAUUUCUCUCUAGCAAAUUCAACUUCUGCCUAAAAAUUGCCUUCAGGCAAUGAAAUCCCAUUCUACUUCCUCAUUCACACAAUUUUAUUAAACUGAAUAAAGUUUCAUUGUAUUUUUUAUCAGUACAAAAUACAAAAUUUUUGGGAUAAUAAAAAUAACUUUGCACGAUUACAGUGCAUCCCCUGGAAAGCGAACAUUGACAAUUGAAUAGUAUUGAAAAAAAUAAUCGAAACUUCACAAGCCCCGGGAAAAAAAAUCGAAAAUAUUCCACUAGUCGAGUGCGCUUUUACGCACUGACCCUCAGAACUCGAAAUUGAACAACAAAAUCCAAUUUAAAAUAUUUGCAUGCACAAUUCCCGAGUCCUUUGAAUAUUUAUUCGACCGGACGAAAUGACGUUAUUCAGGGAGUACAAUUGACCCCUAAUUUAUGUCCGCAAAGGAUAACUGAUAUUAGCUCAAUCGUCCCCGCGACGAGCACAAGCUCAUCCCUAGUUUUAUUUGUCUGCUAAUUUAUCCCGUGUACGUUCCGGCAUCGAGAAUAGACGGAAAUUGAGGGGAAAACCGAAAAGACAAUUAAGUAUAUCCCACCCGUUCACGAUCACGAGCCACAUCACACGUGUAUCGGGCUUUAUCCCCAUUGUACCCAUACAUUUCACGUUUUAUGUGCCCCACCGCAGCUAACCCACUUUGUUUAUUUUUAUUCCACGAGUAUUGCGUAGAAUUUGCAAUUUCUUCACCCAACUCCUUUCCAUUUAUUCGAUAAUGGCUAUUUCUUCGUACGUUUCAAUGGUAAAUUUCAGAUGCUUAUCGUUGGAGGAUUCUCUUCUACCCUUGACCUUUAAUUUUCGCGAGAGGGUGCGUUCUCUGCGGGGGAGUCAUCCCCAUUUAAUUUGGGGUAUUGACGAGUCUGAGAAAUUAAUUUAGAAAAAUCCCAGAAAACUGGGGUACCAGUCAAUGCAGAGACAAGUGAUACACAAACAAAUUACUCAUCUCCAUUCCCAUAAUCACCUUGUGACGCAUGAGCGGAAAGGACGAAGUACUUCCAAUUACUUCGUGUUGAUGAAUUACGUCCAUUGAAUCAACACAAUUUGGCACAUUCUUAAAUACCGAAAUUCAAGGUCACUGUACUCAUCAGCAUCUCCACUCCCCACUCGGUAUUGUCCGAGUAAAAAUAGCUGGGGAAUAGCUGAACGUGAAUAUCAGACGUUAAAGAGAAGUGUGACUGCUUUUUGUUAAUUUAACUAGACAAACAGACAGACAGACAGAAUCACAACACUUUCGGACUAAUGGAUAAGUGAUAGAGGAUCAGUUGUAAUUUUUUCACAACAAUAUAAUUCAGAGAAUUUAUAUUUUAUUGGAAAAUCGAUAGUUAUUUACCAUAGACAGCACAAUUUGCUUGAAAAAUCAUUAGAUUCUCCGUCAGAAUUAGGAGUAGGAUGGCGUUAUUUUUAUUGAAUAUUCCCUUUGCAUGAAAUUGAAUUCGGUGUAUUAAAAAUUACGUGAUUUUCGGAUUAUCUGCUCGUCUGAAGUGCAAAAAAAAUUAUCUGGAUUUAACGACUCGAGAAUUUUUAUCUACUUCAUGAAGCUGAUGCAGAUUUACGUCCUAGGAGAGAGGUCUGGCGGACAGUAAUAACAUGCAAGUUUCAGUGUUGAUGUCGGAGAAAGCAUCAAGUGUAAAAGGAAUAAAAAUGGCGUCAGCCAGUCGGGUCAUUGCUAAGUUCGAAGAAAACGACUUGUUCCACCUCAGUCGUGAUUCCCGUAUUUCCACGUGUAACUUUGGGGAAAUUUAUUCACGUAUCAGGGGACAUUGCUCACUCCUUUCAUUGGAUAUCGUAAUUCCAUUUCAAGGGAGAAGGGUUCAACCUCGGAGAACCAAUCGGAUAAUAGUCGAAGCACGUUCAUCCAGGAAUGGUGAAGCGUUUGUGCUUUCAACGUCAGAGUCCUUCAGUAAUAAAAUUACCCAAAAAAGUUAUCCCUCAGGAUUGCACUCUCCAAAAAUUGGCUGUAAAUUUUUUCAAAUUCUCAGAAGACCAGAACAUUUUUUUCAUUCCAUGGAAGUUCCUCCAGUAGUAUAUCUUCCUCCGAAUAUUGCUUCUCAUUUUUUCCUCCAAUAUUCAAUAUUUGGCUCCAUAUGCCAAAUCGGAAAAACCUGCUUUUCCAAAAAUCACUCUCCCACAAGAAUUUCUUCUCCCAAAUGUGCUUAACCACGUAUCGCCUUUCACUCACCGCCAAAUCUUUUAUUAAAUUCAUCCAUUCUCCCCAUGAAUAUCGCAAAUGUCACGGAGAAAUUGGAAGAUACGUAAGAUGAAAAUUCUUACAGACGCAGAAUGUUACCCAAAAUAAUCUCCGUGCCAUGUUGGAUGGGUUUGGCACAGUGAACUACCGAAAAUCACUACCGUGAAUUCUUUCGUCAUUCACGAGGUCGCACGAUUUCACAUUAUAUUCAAUGGACCAACCAACAAGUCGUCAAAAAAAAAAUCCCACCUCACUUCUCUCUCCUCAACACUGCAAUUGAAAGUUCAAAAAAAUUGUUAAUUACCGAUAUACGUUGUUUAGGAAAAAUUUCCUAAACAAAAAUAAAUAACGGACAAGACCGUCCGACAUAAUCCGGUGAUGGUGAGACUUUGCAAAAAAAGGAAAGUCUAUGAACUGAAGGAUCUUUGAUGAUUUGUGAGAGUACAAUACCAGCUGUUGGGGAAUUCGUCACAGCAAACGAAUUAUUAAUAAAUCCGGCGAUUACUCAGAUUUAUAAAUAGAUAAAACACUGAAACAAACACUCGUUAAUCCAUGACGAAUGAGUCUGCCCCGUUGACCAACAAACAGCUGGAGUAAAAAAUAGUGAAGAGUCUGGGGGAAUUGACCUGAAUGUGAAGAAGAAUAAUACCUCGACGAUUGAGCCUUUGAUCGGCCGUGUUAAUUUACCGAUACGCCUCAACCAGCCCCUGAAAUCAAAGGAUAUUAAAACGCGUCUUGAAAACUAACCGUCUGCCGAACUCAACGAAAAAGCCCACAUUGCGAUACGAAAGUUGAACUAGAGGUAACAAAACUUCUGAAUAAAAUAGAAGAAUGGGAGUGCAGUGGUAGAUCCCUGAAGAUUUUUCCAGUUGGAGUGGGUUUGCUAUCGAAGUGAGAGGCUGGCGAGGAGAGAGAGGCGGGAGCCCAAGGGGCUGGACAGACAUCUACAACUGCACGGUGAGAGAAACGACGAUGGUUACGUGAAGCGCCGUCAAAAGACCAGGGUAAAAGUGGCCGAAGUGGAGGAGGACGACGAAGAGGACGAGGCCAAGUUGUUGAUAAAAUUUUCCCGAAAGAGAAGAAGGAAAAUAAAGCCCUGAAUAAUUGAAAGCAUGAUGGAACUGGAUUGGACAACGGUGAAUGUCACCACUGAAUUCCCAAGCGAUUGGACUAAUUAUGAUUCAACAGUUGUUAGUCUUCAUGGAGACAGUAAUCUUACACUAGAGUGCAACGCUGAACUCAACGAUGGUGCUUUAUUCGAGUUCAUCACUAAUGGAAUUCUGUUGAAUCUCGUCGGGCUGUUUGGACUCUUUGGGAAUAUCAUUUCGAUGAUUAUUUUGUCGAGACCGCAGAUGAAAUCCUCCAUCAAUUAUCUGCUCAUUGGACUCGCCAGGUGUGACACAGUUCUCAUCAUUGCCUCGGUGCUGAUACACGGGCUGCCGGCAAUUUAUGCAUACACCGGACUCCUAUUUGACUACAAAUUUGGUGUAUUUCCCCAAAUAGUAAGAUACUUAUAUCCACUGUCCUGCAUGGCCCAGAUGGUAACAGUGUACCUGACACUGACAGUAACAAUGGAGAGAUACGUUGCUGUGUGUCAUCCACUGCGUGCAAGGUCAUUUUGCACAUAUGGACGAGCAAGAAUAGCAGUUCUCUGCAUCGUCAUUGUGUCGAUUAUUUACAAUAUGCCAAAGUUCUGGGAGGUAGACCUCGAGGAGGAAAUCCACUGGAAAUACAAUGUCACUGUGUACUGCGUUGUCCCAGCUAUUUUACGAUCAAGCGAUAUUUACAUAACUAUUUAUGUGAAUUGGAUGUACUUUUUCGUAUACUAUGCCUUUCCAUUUGUGGCCCUUGUGGUGUUUAACAUCGCUAUUUAUAGAAGGGUCAGAAAAGCAAACCGGGAUCUUCAACAACUGUCUCGUCACCAGAGACGCGAGAUUAACCUCGCAACAAUGCUCCUCUGCGUAGUUAUAGUUUUCAUAGUAUGUAAUGUCCUUCCAUUAGCGUCAAAUGUAUUCGAAAAAUUUCAAGUACUGCCACCAGCCUGGUUGGUACAAGCUGGUAAUCUCCUCGUAACAAUAAACAGCAGUAUUAAUUUCAUCGUUUACGUUAUAUUCGGUAGAAACUUCAAACGAUUAUUCAUACGACUGUUCUGCAGCUCCAAGUUCUUUGGAGCCGGCAGAGACAGUCCUGAGUUUCAAACCAAUGAUGAAUCGAUGGUUACGAACACCACGAAUAUUGAACUGAGAAAUUCAAUACGACGGUGCCAUCUGCAAAGAUCUAAUACGACUGUCCCGAGGAGUAAUCACUCUAGUGUACAUUUGAAUGGUGGCACAAGACAGAGCCCUUGUGUUUAUUAUCCAGCUAGGAGUCCUGUCCGAAGUCCAAGUCAAAUAUCAUCUAGGUCGUAUGUCAAUAAUGGCUGGAGCAAGAAUAAUAAUACGUUAAGGCUAUCCAAGUGCUUUCGGUAUUUUUUCUAUAAAUGUUCUUCUGUUUUUAAAUGAAAUAGCAGUUUUAAUUUGAACCCCCUUGAGCUCCAGGUUUUGGAACAUUUUACCUGCUGGACACACUUGGAUAUCCUUAAAUGACCGAUAAACGAAUUAAAAAAAUUUCACCUCCUCUUUGGAAAUAGAAAAAUCAUUAAGAGCAUUUCGAAACUGUAAUGGAAUUUUCGGUCGACAUAGUGUGAGCAAAGACUCACCCACGCCAUGAGAAACAACCGAGAAUUUAAACUUUGUCACCGAUACCCCAGUGACUUCUAACGAUGGAAAAAUAAAACUCAAAAAGAGUAUUAUGAUAGCUGAGCUGAGCUGAGCUAAAAAUUGAAGGCCUCCGUACGUGUCACGUACUUGAGACUUCCUCGUGCAAAUAAAUGGGAUUUCAUACGUAUGAUCAGCAAGUUGAGAAGUUUCUUACGUAUAAGAUGAGACACCUACGAAGAACUUUGAUGCUGUCCUGGGGGAGUGGUUUCUUCUUGCGGUAUAUGAGCUUCGGGAGGGAGAUAAACAAUUUAGUACGAGAAGUAUCGAUACUCAUCAAAUUAAUUUUGCGUAUUCUGGGUAGAUACAAAUUGAGGAGGUCCUGGGGGAAAGUCUUUUCGAUAAAAUGAGUCACCGAAAAUUCAGUAUUGAAACGAUAAAACCGAUAAAAUCGAUGCAGUCCUCGACGAUGUUUUUGAAAAAGGUUUCCUCAUCCAAGCAAGAUGAUAGACUCUUUGCGAUUAUAUUUUUUGCAGAUCGAACUGAGAGCUACAAAAAGUAUUGACACAAAUUCCACUAUCUCUCUUAGAUCCGGAGAUAUUUUUCAUAAAAGCUGACCAGUAAUCCACAUCGACGUGAAUCGUUUCGUUACGCUGUUGAAUUUUAUUUCUCGAAAAUAAAUUUUGUGGGAAGAAUUAUUGCUCUAGGAUACUCAUGCACUGAGAGAAAAGUCGACAUAAUAUCACCAGACCGUUUUUUGAGUGAAAAACAACGCUAUUAAAUAAUAUUAUUGGAUAGACAAAGGAAGUUCAAGAGGAAAAUCAUGUAGUGGCUUUUCUCGAGGCCAAGUAAACAAUUUCAUGAGUUGAAAAAUUCCAAGUUUGUGGCCAAGUGUUCGUGUUCAAGUCGUGAACAUUUCAGAGGAUUUUUGAAAGAGCUGCUACAUGGAGAAUUUUUAUCCCACGAGUGUUAUCCAUUAAAAAAGCUACAUUUGACGCGAGAAAUUGCUUUUGUAAUAUUAUGCCGAUAUUUCUGUUUUGUAGCUAGAAAUGUUAAUGCGCUCAUUGUGGCAUUAAUCAUUCACAAAUAUAAAGAACGAUUUUUGUGAUGAAGUGAUCAAACGUGAUUAAUUCGGCUUGAAAGUAUGAAAAAUAUAUUUUUUUUUUCGUGUUUUAUCACUUCUCUGCGGGAAUUAUAUUCUUUUGUUGUAAAUUUAUUUCACUAAAAGUGGAAAGAGUGGUGUGAACUGAGAGAUAUAAUUUUUUUAUAAAGUAAAGAUAAACCAUUUGUACAGAAUAAAAUAAGAUAACUUGAGAGGACCUGUAAAGAGACAAUGGAAUAGGUAUUGGGAAGAAAAGUACCUCAAAGUUUUGAUGUGAUAAUAGAGAAUGGGAUUAAGAAGGAUAGAACAAGCGAAGGAUGGCCUUAUUUCGAUUUUAACAUAAUUUUGAAGUGACAAAUAUCAUUAUUUUCAAAUUAAGGACCGAGGAGCUUAUCUUUCCACAUUCAUAAUUUAAAACAUAGAUACCAUUGGAUGUUACAAUACUCAAGACUCCCCAAAAAAAAUAUAAUUUCAAGUAAUAAAAAGAAAUUGAAAAGGAAUUUUAAUCGCAAGAUAGUCUCCUGAAGAGUGAAAAUACUCCCCUGUGUAAAUAUUAAAAUAAAUCUUCAUCACAAAUGAUAAUCAGCAGUACCUCACUAUGAUUUCCAGAGUAAUAAACCUAUGAGUAUUUUUUUCACGCGAAAGACACAGGUAACUACUCAUCCGAGAGAAUAAAUUUAACUGUUUAAUCAAUCUGCCAUCCUACUCAAUUAUAAGCAUUCAGUGUUUAAGAUAUGAAAAAUAAAGAGGGAAAAAAGACGCUCUCAUGGCUGUAACACGAAAUAAAUACGUAUUCUAGUCAUGAAUAAUUCUAUCAGGUUAAUUAUCUAGGGUAAUCAAGUGUAUCAAGGGAAAAUUCACAAAGAAGGGGUGAAGUUAGACGCUUCUCCUAUUCCUAGACCAUUCUCCUAUUUCUCAUCAGAGCUGGAUAAAUAUGCAAUUUAUUAAUUUGAAUUCUAGAAGACGGAGAAAAUUACGGCAUAUUAAAGGGAAUAGUGAAAUAAAUGAGCAAUUCGUUGCGAAAUAAAUUUCAAAUGCAAUUUUUAUUUUAUUCUGAUGUAAUAGCAUCCAGCUCUGUGAAAUAUAAAUAUUCUUCACAAAUAAAAGACACUAGAGAUAAAAAAUUGUCAUCAAGACAUUAUUGGCUAAUCAAAUCUGUAAUAAUUAUCGCUUUGAUAUUUACGACUGCGAUCCAACAACUCUUCGAUCUUCAAAUUCAUCUUGAUAAACUUUGAAUUCUGCAAAAUUCGUCAUUAGGGAACGAGAGGGCAAAAUGGACAGUUGAGAAUUUAUUUUUCAUGUUCAAACCUCACUCAAUUAUUGAUGAAUGUCGGUGAUUAAAUUAUACCUAAGCUGGAAUAUGAAAAAAUAUCUGGAGUGUCCAUUGUGUCCAUCUUCCCCGAUGCAAAAGCAUUUAGUUAUUCAGAGGUGGAAUAGAAGUAUAUCUGCUAUGGACGAUAAAGUACAUUUUUUUACAAUCGAAUGAAAAUAUUUAUUCUUCCUUUACUAUAAUAGUUGUAUUUCAAAGUUUAUUGUAAAUAAUUAUUAAAUAUGAAAACAAGA